UGAGAUAUCUGUCGAUCUUCGGUGUUCUUCCUGGAUGCUUUAGCGGCGGAUUUAUGCGCCAAAAGGAGAGAAACGCACAGACGCUUCCUCCUUCCACCUUCCCAGGGAUUGACGGCUGGCCUGACAUCAUUGGCUGCUCGUUGGGAAUGAAUCAUCGUCUUCAUCAGGGGGGGUCAAGGAUGCUGUCACUGUCUCUGCACCCUUAAAAUACCACAGACAACACAAACCCACCCAGCCCCGGAGUGUCGCCGCUCUCUGAGAUCACACGGCCGCUUGUCGUCCGGAGCCAGCAUGGAGGAAAUCCUGCGAAAGCUGCAGAAAGACGCGUCCGGCCACAAGCACAAAGCUAUCCGCGAUGCCUGCGUCUACGCCUGCGAAACCCUGGAGUCUCAGAAUGGAUCGGCCAAGAUUUCCCCGUCACAACUUCGAGAGCGCUGUCUGCUGCCUCUACAGAUGGCUCUGGAGUCUAAAAACACCAAACUGGGACAGACGGCACUUACAGGAAUGCAGAAGCUCCUGUGCGAGGACAGGUUUGUGGGUGGAAUCGGCGUGGAGGUGGAGGUCCUGGAGAGGCAGCUGCUCAGCCAGAUGUUGGAGGCCAUCAGAAUCACCCCGUCCCUCCAUGAAGACCUGCAGGUGGAAGUCAUGAAGGUCCUGCUGUGUAUCACCUACUCACCAAACUUUGACAUCAAUGGAGACUCCAUCCUCCGCAUCGCUGAGGUGUGUAUCGAGACCUAUGUGUCCAGCUGCCACCAGCGCAGCAUCAACACGGCGGUGCGAGCCACGCUGAGCCAGAUACUGGGAGACCUGACGCUGCAGCUGCGACACAGACAAGAGGGUGCAGAUGGAGACGAGGUGACUGCACCGCCGCUGCACAGAAGAGACAUUUCCCCAACCAGCCAGGCUCUGUGUGAAGAUGUGGUGACAGUGCUGACAGUUUUCUGUGAAAAACUGGAGUCGGUGGACAGUGAUAACCAGCUCCUGCAGCUCCUCUACCUGGAGUGCAUCCUCUCCAUGCUCAGCAGCUGCCCUCCCACAAUGCACCUGUCCAGAGGUUUCACUGACCUUGCGGCAUGUCACAAAGAGCGCCACGUAUCCCAGAAGGCCGUUUCCUUCAUCCAUGAUGUUCUGACGGAGGUGCUGACGAGCUGGGCGGAGCUUCCACACUUCCACUUUAACGAGGCGCUGUUCAGGCCCUUUGAACACAUCAUGCAGCUGGAGCUGUGUGACGAGGACGUGCAGGACCAGGUGAUAACAUCCAUCGGCGAGCUGGUGGAGAUGUGCUCUCCUCAGAUCCUGUCAGGGUGGAGGCCUCUGUUCAGCGCUCUGCGCACCGUGCACAGCAGCAAGACCGACACCAAAGACUACCUGCUGGGAGAAUACUCCAUGGGGAAGUCCCAGGCUCCAGUGUUUGAUGUAUUUGAGGCUUUCAUCAACACCGACAACAUCCAAGUUUUUGCCAAUGCUGCCACAGACUACAUCAUGUGCCUCAUGAAGUUCGUCAAAGGCUUAGGAGAGGUGGACUUUAAGGAGAUUGGAGACUGUGUCCAUGUGUCAGGUCACAGCUCCACUGACCUCUGCCUGCCUGCGCUCGACUAUCUCCGCAAAUGUUCGCAGCUGCUGGCAAAGAUCUACAAGAUGCAGUCCAAGCCGGUGUUCUUGGGGGCGCGGCUCGCCAGCCUGCCAAUGAGGUCGCAGGAACGCUCAAUCAGCACUGAGGACGGGAUGGACUGCGUCCUGCAGGAGUUUGAUGAUGACACAGGUCUGAUCCAGGUGUGGAUUUUGUUACUGGAGCAGCUCACGGCAGCGGUGUCAAACUGUCCUCGCCAACACCAACCUCCGACCCUGGAGCUGCUCUUCACUCUGCUCAGAGAGGUCACCACAGUGCCAGGUCCGGGUUUCGCAAUCUUCUCCGUCAUCCAGCUGCUGCUUCCUGUGAUGUCACUGUGGCUGCAGCGUAGCCAUGGCGACCACUCCUACUGGGAUGUGGCAGCGGCAAACUUCAAACACGCCAUCGGCCUGUGCUGCGAGCUGGUGGUGGAGCACGUCAACAGCUUCAUACACUCAGAUAUCGGUUACGAGUCUCUGAUCAACCUGAUGUUGAAGGAUCUUUUCAAGCUCCUGGUGGCUUGUGUGUCUGAGCCUGCAGAGACCAUUUCCAGAGUGGGCUGCUCCUGCAUCAGGUAUAUUUUGGUCACAGUGGGUCCGGUGUUCACAGAGGAAAUGUGGAGGUUGGCCUGCUGUGCUCUGCAGGACGCUUUCUCUGCCACAUUAGAGCCUGUCAAGAACCUUCUGGCGUGUUUUCAUAGCGGAUCAGACAGUUUUUCUGGAGACGCCUGCGAGGUGAAGGUGGCGGCUCCAUCCCACUCUCCUUCAGCUGAGGCCGAGUACUGGAGGAUCAAAGCGAUGGCUCAGCAGGUUUUUAUGUUGGACACACAGUGUUCUCCGAAGACGCCCAACAACAAGGAGGGCUUCGAGCACGCUCAGUCCUGCGUUCUCAUCAUCGAGCUGCCGACUGACCAGCAGUCCAACGGACACACGCAGAAGAGGAAAAUUGGAAUCCCGUUCCGGACCAUCGUGGUGAGCCUGCUGUCCCACCAGGUCCUGCUCCAGAACCUCUACGACAUCCUGCUGGAGGAAUUCGUCAAGCAGCCCGAAGGAAAUGAAAGAGUCACACCUGUGACCUCUGACCCCAGCCGCGCCACGGCAGGCUUCCUGCGCUACAUCUCCAUGACGAACUUAGCCAUAAUCCUGGAUCUGCUGCUGGACUCUUACAGGACAGCGCGGGACUUUGACACUCGGCCGGGUCUGAAGUACCUGCUGAUGAAGGUGUCAGGCGUUUGUGGAGCGGCUAAUCUUUACCGUCAGUCUGCCAUGAGCUUCAACCUGUACUUCCAGGCGCUGCUGUGUGCCACACUGAGCCAAGCUGAGAGCAUGACGGCACAGCAGGUAAAGAGGAUGCUGUAUGAGGAAGAGGAGGGGAGCUCUGACUCUUCUCACCCUGGCUCGGCUUCCUCAGAGGACGAAGACAUCUUUGAAGAAACAGCACAGGUCAGUCCCCCUCGCGGCCGGGACAAACGUCACCACUGGCGAGCCCCAAUCCCGUCUCUCAGCGUGCAGCCGCUGAGCAGCGCAGACUGGGCCUGGCUGGUCAAACGCCUCUACAAGCUGUGCAUGGAUCUGUGCAACAGCUACAUCCAAAUGCACCGCGACCUGGAGAGCACGCUGGAGGAGACAGCGCUGCUGAGAGCAGGGGGACCAGGAGGUGGAGGAGAUCACGUUUUCUUCCUGCCUCUUUUUCAUUCGGAGACUUCUACGCCGACAUCAGCAGGCGGGCUGUCGGCGAGAGGGACGCCUUCAGAGGAAGGCGGGUACAGGUGUCAGGCUGCAGACAGCGCAGCAUCACCGGGAGACACACCCACACCCAGCCCGGGAUUCAGCUGCACAGGCAGUCUGCCGCACCACUUCCGGACCGGAGGCGAGAGGAGGGAUUCGAGCAUCACAGCGAGCUCUGUAGGAGGAGGUCCUGGCAGUGCUGGACAGGGACGUAGAAAGGAAUGGUGGGAAAGCGCCGGGAACAAACUGUACACUAUUGCCACAGAUAAAACCAUCAGCAAGCUGAUGAUGGAGUACAAGCGCAGGAAACAGCAGCAGCAGCAGCCGCAGCAGAGUCACGUCAACCUGUUCAUGAAGGAGCAGGGUCGUGCGGCUGCGGGAGGAGGAGGUGUCGAGGAGAGGAGGGGCCCCGUGGAGUCACAGAGGCCUCCACAGAGGCCCCAACAUCUGGUGGACCAGCAGGUUCCCUCCUUGAGGCACUCGGUCAGUGCGGGGCCGGAGGUUUUGAGGCAGGAGAAGAGACCGCGGUCAGGAUCCACCAUCAGCUCCCACAGCAUCUCUCUGAGGGACUCGGAGGCUCAGAUCCAGGCGUGGACCAACAUGGUCCUGACUCUCCUCAAUCAGGUCCUCCUCCUGCCAGAUUCCUCGUUCCUGGCGCUCCAGCCGGCGCUCUACCCCUGCCUCAGCCAGCUGUCCUGCCACGUGACUGAUGCCCGGGUCCGCCAGGCGCUGCGUGAGUGGCUGGGCCGUGUUGGAAGACUCUAUGACAUCAUUGUGUGACACUGGAAGAAAUGCAAAAGCGCUGGACGAAGAGCGCAGUCUGUCUGUCAGCGAAGGACAUAAACAGGUGAAAGGUGGAUUAACUUUGGUUGAUGCUGUCGUGGGACGGCGCCGCUGUGCUAUAGAUUGAUGAAAGGUUUGAUUGGCUGAUGAUGCAAUGCAAAGGCAGACUGUGACAUCAUAAUGUCACAUACUGUUGAAUUGUCGCAACUGGGCGAUGAAAAAACUGAUGUCAUCUCGUGGAUUUGUGGCACUAAAAUGGUGACUUUUAAAGAUCUGUAUGUGACAUUCAGAUCAUUAAAUUAGCAGCAGACCACUAAUCGUUAUGUGCAGGUAGUUGAGUAUCGGCGUCCUGACCAGAGAAUGAAGGCAUCUGAGCUUCUCUGUUCAUUAUUGUGGUCGACGGUCCGGCCCCCGGUGCAUGUUAGUGCAUGUGAGUCCCACUGGCUAGCUAACCGCCGCCGCUCUGCACUGCGCUCGUAUGGCAGUUACCGUUGAUAUUGGGACGACAUCUUCAUGAAAGCAAAGUGCUCGCCUUCCGGUUCCCCCGUGUUUAUGGAGUUAGCACUGUUUGCUGCUAUCCACUGGCUACACCACCUCCAUGUUGAGAAGUGUGUGCAGACAAUCCCGCCACAGACUGAAUCAUAGAUAUGCUCUGAAUGUCACAUGCAGCUCCUUUAAAAAUGGAGGAUUUGAUUGGCUGAUAAAGGAUGCGUCAAGAAUACUGAUGUAGUUGGUUUGAAGGACUCUUUGUGUAAAAUCGAAGUGAAUUUGAAAAAUGAAUGUGCCCGCUCUGCCUCUUGUUCUUUAGUUGUUGUUCAUCCUUCCCACACACACACACACACACACACACACA